UUUCUCUGCACCCUGCCAUUCUGGGCGGUUGAUGCAUACACUGAAUGGAUUUUUGGAACUUUUAUGUGCAAACUUGUGAAUGGGGCAUACACUGUUAACCUUUAUAGCUGUAUGUUAAUACUCACCUGUGUGAGCAUCAACAGGUACAAAGUCAUUGUUCAAGCAACAAAAACGCUCAAUGAUGGAAAGAAAAUAAUUCACAGUAAGUUAGUCUGUGUGGGCAUUUGGGUGUUUGCAAUCAUUUUGACUCUUCCACAAUUCAUAUUAAGUGAAGCGUAUUCUGAUAUACCUGAUAAAACAAUCUGUACCAUGGUAUAUCCUCUCAAUUUUAGCAGCAUCAUCAAAGGGGGAGUUCAUGUAACACAGCUGCUGGUGGGAUUUCUGAUACCCUUUGUGGCCAUGAUCAUUUGCUACUCAGUCAUCGCAAAAACUCUGCUCCAGGAUAAGGGGUUUCAGAAGCACAAAUCAUUAAAGAUUAUCAUUGCAGUUGUAGUUGUAUUUGUGAUUUGUGAGCUGCCUUUCAACAUUGUCUUGUUGCUGGAAAUUCUACAGAUCUUCAGUGAAGAAAUUCCUAGUUGUGAAUACAUAGCGAAUACAGACUAUGCAAUUAUUGUAACAGAGAGUAUUGCAUAUCUACACUGUUGUCUCAAUCCUAUUCUUUAUGUAUUUCUUGGUGUGAAGUUUAGAAAUAGUUUUCUAAAGAUUUUAAAAGAUGCUGGCUGUAUCAGUCAAAAACAAUUGGCUGAGCUUCUGAAAACUGAGUGUGAGACAUCACGACCUGUCUCAGGUAUAUCCGAAACAACAAGUCUACAUCCUUUAUAACAGAUACUUUUUGUAUCAGUGCUAAAAGCUGGAAAUGGCAUUAGAAUUUCACAAAGGUUCUCCUGUAACAGUGGAAGGAUCGGACCAGCUCUAUUUACCAAAAGUAGCCCUUAGGCACCCAUAUUCCUGCUGUAAAAAGAACAAAACUGCAACUGUCUACUUGUAACUCGAAACUCCUGUUCCUCUGCCACUUGACACUUGUUAUAAAUGCUGGAAAUUGCUUUACACCACAUAUAUAUUAACUCAGUGAUAGUAAACUGGCUGUCCUUCAUACAAAGAGAUUUUUAUGUUCUUCAUUGCUGAAUUUCUGAACGGCUUCCCUAAUCUCUCCUUUUAACUUUGAUGGCAGCUUUACUGAUUGACUGUCAUAUCAGAAAAUCAGUAUCUUGAACACGGCCAUUCUAAUUUAAUUAAAUUGAAUUCCAUGUUUGAUCCAAAACUGUGAAUAGUGCUUAGCAGCUGCAAGUAUAAAAUACGUUUAACUAAGUCCAAAUAUAUAAUUACAUUUAUUAAUAUUUGACAGGUUUGUUUAAUAUGUUGAAGUCCACAACUGUCUCAGCCUUAUUAUUUACACAUUUCUUGGUGUGGGGUGUUUAGAUACUAUUUUAUCAGCCAGAAAGAAAAUUGUUGCGGAUGUGAAAUAUGAGACAUCACAGUCGAUGUCAAGCGCACCUGACGCAGAUAUGACAUUUUUUUAUUCAUUCACGGGAUGAGGGCAUCGCUGGCUAGGCCAGCAUUUAUUGCUCAUCCCUAAUUGCCCAGAUGGCAGUUUUGCGUCAUUGCUAUGGGUCUGGAGUCACAUGUAGGGCGAACCGGGAUUACAAGUAUAUGUGUGAAAUAGCAGCAUUUGCAAAGGAGUCCCUGUAUGUUAUUUUCUUUUAGAAAUACUGACUGAUGUGCUGUGUAUUACCAAUUUUUUCAUAUUUCUAACAUUUGAAGU